AUGACAGAAAUGUUCCUUUCUCUGUGUUUGUCCCCAGGGGUGACACAAAAGCGCUGGGAUGAUCAGAGGACAUGCACAGGCCUCCAGCAGGAGAGCGGCGUGGGGGGAAAAUCCAGCCCUACCAAGGAAUUUUUGCCUUCACAAAACACAGCAUUGAUUUCAGCAGUAAUCAUCGCACAGAUUGAUGAGGACAAACCCAAAGGAAASCAGCCCUGUCUGCCCAUGCAGCCCCUGAUCCCCCAGCCCAAGGCUUGUCCCACGGAGCCAUCUCCACCUCCCCACGGGCCAGCUUUCAUUUCCAGGGCGUUUUUGGUGCUUCCCAGCGGGUUGGAGAUCCAGGCAUCCUUACAGGACACCAUGUCCCCGUCAGACUCUCCCAGUCCAAAGCAGUGUCCAAAGCAGCAGAGAGGCUUUGCCUCCAUCACUGUCACAGCCAGGCGUGUUCCUGUGGGCUCUGCAGAGCUGGCACGAGGCUCUGGAGCUGGACAAGAGCCCGGCACAGUGACCCCCAAACCCGGCAAAAUCCUGGGGCGCUGGCCUCCCCCAGCCYGCACAAACCAACAACCCUCUCCCUUCAAGCUUUCCAAGUCUUGCUCAAAAUCGGGUGAAAAGCCCCAAAAGCAGCUCUUUGACCCUGGAAUCACGGAGGACUGUGUGGGCCUUCAACGCAGCGAUGGAAGGGAGAAAAAGCCACCUUCAUUCAUCUCCCGAGCGCAUCUCCAGCUGUCCCGGCCAUGUCCCAACGCCGUCUAUUAUCUGAUCAAGGCACUCAACGUGUGCAUCGACCARCCUCGAGUGAAAUGCCAAAAAACGCACAGAUCCACGCUGUCCUUGAGGCUGAAGUGCAGUUUGUCGGGAUUAACAGCAGAUGGAGUAGAUGGCAUAGCUAAUGGAGAGCCUUUGGAGGGGAGAGCUCCGGGAGCAAAGAGGGCUCCGCUCGCAUCGCCCCCGAGCGCAAACUGCACGGGAAAGGAGAUCAUUGACAAACACACAGCAAAGGAACGAUAUUUGGGUAUAAAACACUCUUUGCAAAGUGYCUUUGCCUCGGGGCUUCCAGCGUUUGUGGAUAUUCCCAGAGGAGCUCCCAAGGCGGUGGCAGCAGAGGAAGAGGAUGAGGAUGCGCAGCCUGGCGCUGGGUGUUCCAUCCAAAUUCCUCACUCGGGCAAUGGGGCAGGAACACCAGUGCUGUUGGGAUGCAGAAACAGGAGCAGUACAACAACCCCACGUUCCCUUCCAGAUGGAACCUCCAAAGAUCCCUCCAAAGACACCUCCAAACCCAAAGAGAUCCAAGCCCAGGGUGUCCURAAACCAAAAAUAUCCGUCUCCAACAGUUUAUGCAACAUCAAGGCGUCCUCGAGGAUCCUGCAGGAGGAAAACAGGCAAAAGCAGCUCCUAAAAAGUGACGAKGAACCCCGCGGUUCCAGGGACAGAGCCAAGGAGCUGAAGGCGCAGGAGGAGCGGGAGCGGGGCAGGAGGGUGGCACUGGCCAGGGUGACACUGGCCCGGGUGACACUGGCCAGGACCCGCUCCCCAGCUGUGGCUUGGGAGAAAAAUGUGCUCAGCUGGCCAGGAGCCAGCUCCCAGCUGGACAAAACCCCAGCAGCCCCAUGGACACUGCGGGAAGCGCUGGAAUUGCACAACCCAGGGUUCAUCUGUCGCUCUCAGAAGCGGCUCCGCCGGCUGGAGCUGAAGGUGCAGCUGAGGAGAGCGCGGCAGAGCCAGGCUGCCCCCGGGACCCCCGCCCGCAAACUGUCCUGCACAUCCACCCCCGGCAGGAGAAAACAAUUCACCGUCCCUGACCCUCUCAGCGAUAACCUCUUCAAACCAAAGGAAAGGGUCAUUCCUGAGAAGGAGAUGCACAUGAGAUCUAAAAGGAUUUAUGACAAUUUGCCUGAGGUUAAAAAGAAACAAGAAGAAAAGCAGAAAAGGAUCAUCAUCCAGAGUAACAGGCUGCGUGUGGAGAUGUUUAAAAAGCAAUUACUGGACCAGCUCCUUCACAGAAACACGGAGUGACAAAGGAGUCUCUUGCCCAUCAUCCUAAUUGGAUCUUGAAUGCCUUUGCCUGCUAGAUAAGCCAUAAAAUUAACUGUUAUCUCAAUUACUUGGAGGUGUUUUCCUUAUCUUUGGCUCUUUGUAUAAAGCAAGAUCAUUUAUGUUUCAAUUGAAAUUUUAAGGCAACUUUCAAGUAAUCRAAAACAGCCUAAAAGGGAGCACAGCUGUUUCAGAGCAUCACCUUUGGGUCAGCUUACCCAGAGGAAAUAAUUUUAAGAAUUUUUAAUGCAAAUACUGAAUUACAGGGCUAUUAUUUAUCUUAAUCAUUUUUUAAGCACAUUUCUCCGUAGCACUAGCACAGUGUUUAUAAGACGUGGAAAACUUCUUUCUCUGAAGAAUUUUAUUAAUUGAUUUCCUGUGAGUUAAACCCUUGAAGAAAAYUGUUAUUUGUUAUGUUUAGGAACCAUUUGAAAUAGCAUUACCACAUCAUCAGAGCUGCAGCAGUUUCACAUUAAUACUUAACAUUCCAAAAGGGACCAAUAUUUCAGCUUUUUGAGGAACYCCAUUCCAGUUCAUGGAGUGGAACUACCUAGCAAGCUCUGCCAUUAAAGAGCAAUAUUUAAAAAUCUGUUGAUAAUGCUUUUUUUUCACAUUUUUUUCAUUGUCAUAUUCGUUUUACUCCACUUCUGUGAGCGUGAAGUAUUUAUGGAAAUGGCAGAUGAAGAAGUGGUGCCAAGAAGGAUGUUUGCAUCAAAACUCGCAGAACUCAAACCAGCUGUGAUGU